AGGAGAAGAUGGACCACCUAGGACAGCAUGUGUCGUUGAGCUUAGGUCGGGGCAUAAUGGCCAUUGUGGCCGCAAGCCGGUCUUGGAAGGAGACCCGGGAUGUAAUGAUGAGGAAAUACCUGGCGGCAGAGAAAAUGGUGACAGAGGCCGAUUUGGCGGCGGUUCAAAGGAAGAACUUUGCAACGUACAAUGACUUCCUGCGGGAAUUUACCCUGGUAGCGCUAAGGAUCCCCGGGGUUACGGACCGGAUAAUGAGCAAAUACUUCCUCAGGCAGUUCUCCGAGUUCGACAAAGACAAGAUCCUGUCGGCUUACCAACAAACGAGAAAAUUUGUAAACACCAGGGAUGUUGAUUUCAGUACGGUAACGGAUCUGGCCGAGAAGACAGUAGUGACCGAGACAUUGGCCUUGCUUAAGGAAGGGGAAGUCAUAGAUGUGACCGGUAGGACAGGCGACAAGGUAAAAAAAGGGAUCGAAAGUCUACAUGAACGCGUGCACGGAGUCGACGGGAGAAUGCGGCGCGCCAUUAUAAUGCUCAAUGGGUUAGAAAUAACAGCAGUAGAAGCUGAGCCGGUGGUCGAUAUCAUCUGGGACCAACUCCGGGGCCGCGGGCCGCAGGUCAACUUCAUUUUGGAAAGCGACGAACGUGAUAGGGUGAACGCGACUACUCGGCUCGGGACGGCUGGGAGAAGGAUUAUCCGUGACACCGUGAUGGAGGAGGUUGUUGGAGGCUCCGCGCCCCAGGCAGAGCCCGAGGCCGGGGAACCAGAGAAAGUUUAUGGGAAGCCAAGGGAAGAGGAAUCUACAGACAAGGUCACCGGUGCUAAGAAAAAGUUUAGGUACCAAAUACCGAUCUUAACCAUGCCCGAGAUGGAUUUCACCCUUAGCAAAUUACUAGGAACAAUGGUGUCCGUAUCAUUUCAGACCAUAUUGCAGGUCAGCCCUAGGUUGCUCAAAGGGCUUAGACAACUAUUGACUCUGCGGCAAGUGGAGAUAGACGAAAGCCCUGAACCACCGGAAGAGGAAAGGGAGGAGAAAGCUCCGCAAGAAAUUGCUAACCUUCAAAGGAGUCACGGGGACCUGGAGGAUCUAGAGAAGGCCUUUGCGGACAUCCGCCUGAGCUUGCCGGACCGAGAAGGUGGCGAGGUCAUGAGGGCACCACCCGAGACGAAGCUUAGCUUCCAUGCACUGCCCGUAGGAAAGUUGAAAAUCCAGAUCGGGACUCAUCAUACCGACGCAUUAGUAGACGGGGGAGCGGAAAUCACUCUCAUAAGAAGAGACUUCGCAACAAUCACGGGCUGUACGGUAAAUAAGGAAGUAACAGGGAGAAUCCGGGGAGCCGGAGUGGACGAAGCGGAGCCCAUAGAUGCGUUCCUUGAAUACGAAGGAGGGACACUUGCAGUGGAUAAUGGAAUGAUGGGCGAAGAAUGCGCGUCGGGAGAAUUGCUAAUCCUGACCUUGGAAAAAGGGGCUCCGGCCGUAGUAGCAGAGCUUAGAGAAGAACUAGUCACCACUCGAGGACGCAAGGAGGAGAAGGAUUCGUGGGGAGCGAUAGUAGGACCGAAGGAGGAAUUGAUAGCAAUGGCGGUUGAGGGAAGCCGCGAAGCCGUGAUGAGCCUAAUGGAGUCUUGGGAACGAAAAAAGUUGCAGUGGAUGGUAAACCAGAUGAAGGAGAGAAAGGACGAGGACCAAGAAGGAAGGGAAUUUUUCCAUGUUCAGAUAUAUGAAGGGAUUUUUCGGGAGAUCGGAUUGCCGAUAGUAGGAAACAAACAACCCAUGGAAGUCAGCUUUAAGGCAAGGGAGGAGGCCGAGAGGUUUAUCCUGGACGCACGAGACAACUUGAGUGGGUUCGUAGAAGUAGUCGCCUUUAAAAGAAAGGCGGGGAGGAGUGUAGCUGAUUGGAUAAAAGAUUUUUAUCUCAGACAUCCCUUCAUCAGAAGAUUUCUAGCAGACAAUGGAACAAAAUUUGUUAACCAAGGAGUAUUGGGAAUGCUUAAAAGGCUCUGCGUACCGAUCAAACUCAUCGAGCCGUAUCACCCGGAGGCCAACGCACCUGUGGAAAAGGGGCACCGGACCUUAAAGAACACAAUUGCGAAGCUCGUGGCGGACAAUCUGGGGAGCUGGCCCAGGUAUCUUAAGCAGGCUGUCUUCUCGGAGAACAUGACACCUAAGAGGAUGACGGGAUGUAUCCCAACGAAACUUUGGUACGAAAGAGCGAUCGAUUUUCCCGUGAAGGCUUUGAUGCCUACCUGGAACAGGCUAGAUGACGAUCCGCGUACGACCACAGAAGAAUUAAUUGAGGCAAGAUGUCAGCAAGUUCUUAGGAACGAGGAGGUCAUGGAAGACAUCGCCAAUCGGGUACUAGACAGCAGAAUGAGGGACAAAGCAAGGUGAGACCAGGGCCAGGAAGAAAGCACGAGAAAAGUAAAAAUGGAAUUUGGCA